UGAGGGCCGGGUGCGGGCUGAGAGCGCGGGGCGCUCAGGCCGGGAUCGCCGGCGCCAUGGGCAACCGCGGGAUGGAAGAGUUGAUCCCGCUGGUGAACAAGCUGCAGGACGCCUUCAGCUCCAUCGGCCAGAGCUGCCACCUGGACCUGCCGCAGAUCGCCGUGGUGGGCGGCCAGAGCGCCGGAAAGAGCUCGGUGCUCGAGAACUUCGUGGGCCGGGACUUCCUUCCCCGCGGUUCAGGAAUCGUUACCCGGCGGCCUCUCAUUCUGCAACUCAUCUUCUCAAAAACAGAAUAUGCCGAGUUUUUGCACCUCAAGUCCAAAAAGUUUACAGACUUUGAUGAAGUCCGACAAGAGAUUGAAAAUGAGACCGAAAGGGUCACUGGGUCCAACAAAGGCAUCUCCCCAGUGCCCAUCAACCUGCGUGUCUACUCACCACACGUGCUGAACCUGACCCUCAUCGACCUCCCGGGCAUAACUAAGGUGCCUGUGGGGGACCAGCCCCCAGACAUUGAGUACCAGGUCAGGGAAAUGAUCCUGCAGUUCAUCAGCCGUGAGAGCACCCUCAUCCUCGCUGUUACUCCUGCCAAUAUGGACCUGGCCAACUCGGAUGCCCUCAAGCUAGCCAAGGAGGUCGACCCCCAAGGCCUGCGGACCAUUGGCGUCAUCACCAAGCUUGAUCUGAUGGAUGAAGGCACUGAUGCCAGGGACGUCCUGGAGAAUAAGUUGCUCCCUUUGAGAAGAGGCUACAUUGGUGUGGUGAACCGCAGCCAGAAGGACAUUGAAGGCAAGAAGGACAUCCGUGCAGCACUGGCGGCCGAGAGGAAGUUUUUCCUCUCCCAUCCAGCCUACCGGCACAUAGCUGAUCGCAUGGGUACGCCACUCCUGCAGAAGACUCUGAAUCAGCAACUGACCAACCACAUCCGGGAGUCACUGCCAGCCCUGCGCUGCAAGCUACAGAGCCAGCUACUGUCUCUAGAGAAGGAAGUGGAGGAGUAUAAGAACUUCCGGCCCGAUGACCCCACGCGCAAAACCAAAGCCCUGCUUCAGAUGGUCCAGCAAUUUGGGGUGGACUUUGAGAAGAGGAUCGAGGGCUCUGGAGACCAGGUGGAUACGCUGGAGCUUUCUGGGGGCGCCCGGAUCAAUCGAAUCUUCCACGAGCGGUUUCCCUUUGAACUGGUGAAGAUGGAGUUUGACGAGAAGGACUUGAGACGGGAAAUCAGCUAUGCCAUUAAGAAUAUCCAUGGAGUCAGGACUGGGCUCUUCACCCCGGACAUGGCAUUCGAGGCCAUUGUGAAAAAGCAGGUCGUCAAGCUGAAAGAGCCCUGUCUGAAAUGUGUCGACCUGGUUAUCCAGGAGCUAAUCAAUACAGUUAGGCAGUGUACCAGUAAGCUCACCUCCUAUCCCCGGUUACGAGAGGAGACAGAACGAAUCGUCACCACUUACAUCCGGGAACGAGAGGGAAAAACCAAGGAGCAGAUUCUGCUUCUGAUUGAUAUUGAGCAGUCCUACAUCAACACGAACCAUGAGGACUUCAUUGGAUUUGCCAAUGCCCAGCAGAGGAACACGCAGCUGAACAAGAAGAGAGCCAUCCCCAACCAGGGGGAGAUCUUGGUGAUCCGCCGGGGCUGGUUGACCAUUAACAACAUCAGCCUGAUGAAAGGUGGUUCCAAGGAGUACUGGUUUGUGCUGACAGCUGAGUCACUGUCCUGGUACAAGGAUGAGGAGGAGAAAGAGAAGAAAUACAUGCUGCCCCUGGACAACCUCAAAAUCCGCGAUGUGGAGAAGGGCUUCAUGUCUAACAAGCAUGUCUUUGCCAUCUUCAACACGGAGCAGAGGAACGUCUAUAAGGACCUGCGGCAGAUCGAACUGGCCUGUGACUCCCAGGAGGAUGUGGACAGCUGGAAGGCCUCGUUCCUCCGAGCCGGCGUCUACCCUGAGAAGGACCAGGCAGAAAACGAGGAUGGUGUCCAGGAGAAUACCAUCUCCAUGGACCCACAGCUGGAGCGACAGGUGGAGACCAUUCGAAAUCUGGUGGACUCAUACGUGGACAUCAUCAACAAGUCCAUCCGAGAUCUCAUGCCAAAGACCAUCAUGCACCUCAUGAUCAACAAUACAAAGGCCUUUAUCCACCACGAGCUGCUGGCCUACCUGUACUCAUCAGCAGACCAGGGCAGCCUCAUGGAAGAGUCUGCUGACCAGGCCCAGCGGCGUGAUGACAUGCUACGCAUGUACCACGCCGUCAAGGAGGCGCUCAACAUCAUCGGGGACAUCAGCACCAGCACCGUGUCCACGCCUGUGCCCCCGCCUGUUGAUGACACUUGGCUCCAGAACACAAGCAGCCACAGGUCCCACAGCCCGAAUCCACAGCGCCGACCCAUAUCCAGUGUGCACCCCCCAGGCCGGCCCCCAGCAGUGAGAGGUCCCACCCCAGGGCCCCCCCUGACUCCCAUACCAGUGGGGGCAGCAGCCUCGUUCUCAGCGCCUCCCAUCCCGUCCCGUCCUGGACCCCAGAGCGUGUUUGCCAACAACGACCCCUUCUCAGCCCCUCCUCAAAUUCCAUCUCGACCUCCUCGGAUUCCACCUGCAAUCCCCCCAGGAUUGCCCAGGAGACCACGUCCAUCGGCUCCCGCCCGACCUUUCUUCUGAGCUUCGUGGGAGACCCCUCCCUCCUGCCUGGCUGCCCCUUUGGGGCAGGUCUAUCCUAGCUCGUGUCUCUGAGCCCCAAUCACCAGGCUUUAUGAUUUUCUGACCAUAAUUUAUUGACUCUGGCACCCAGGCCAGACUGCCCUUUAUUCCAUGAGGCUCCUGCACAGGCUUGGGUUGGGCCAUCCCUCAGCCCUGUCUGGGGACCCUGCAGAGACUGGGAGGGGCAGGAGAUUACAGGCCUUACUCCAAGUGUUCUGUCACCAAACCUCAUAACCUGCUUCCUGUGGAGCUGAGGGGCCAGGGGCUCCUCCUUGUCAAUAAAGUGACUAUCUUGGCAAGAAUACUGCAGCCAUGUCACCUCCCCAGCCUAGAAGCUGCUCCCAGCAGCAUCAGCAAGAGGCCUUUGGUUGGUGACAGAGAGAAAGGCAUGGGGUCCCUAAAGCAGCAAGCUCCCUCCCACCAUGACCUGGCUCAGAGGGCCCUGGUGGGGAGCAGUCAGAGAAGUUUGCUUUCUGGGCCCCAUCCUUUACUGGGCAGCACUGGUGUAGGCUGGAAGACUCUGACUAAGGCACAUUCACGGUAGGGGGCAGAGGCAGCAGCCAGAAAAUGUAAGGGUUGCAUUCUAACAUUACUAAGGCCCUAUGCAUGAUUUCCAGGAAAGUUAGUGCCACUGCUGAGCUCUCCCUCCCUCUCUAAGUCCUGGGGGCCCCAGGCCUGCAAGCCAGCCUGUGUUCCCUACCCAGGACCGGGGGUCUCAAGGAAGUCACAGCUCAGUCCCAGACUGCACAGUCUCCUUGCAUAGGAAACUAAGAUGGGGAAGGGACCCCAAGUCUCAUACACAAGCCCUGCUGCCCUCCUUUCCCCAUUUUCCAUCCAUGACUGGGGCUACGUAGGCACGGGGCGCUUGUCCUGGAAGAAUCGCUUGAGUGUGCAGACCUGCAGGAUGGCCACAAGCAACAGCACAGCCACAUUCACAGCUGACCAGAAGUUGACCCGCUCCAGGUUGCCCUCCUGCAGGUUUCGAUCACGUGCCUCAAAGGCCCGCAGCAGUGUCAGCAUCUGGAUGCUACGCUCCAACCGAGUCCUCAUGGUCUCAAUGGACUCCUAUGGGACAAAGGGAAGAGCAGGGUCAGUCCUUCAAGGAGCAGAUACUGAUAAAUCCAGGGAAUAUGGGGCAAGACAAGAAUGUGUUUGGGAGUUGGGACAGCUGAGCACACAGACUAGCCAGUCUGCCUGAGCCUAAGUCCUCACUGCUACUUCCUGGCUAUGUGACUAUGAGCAAGUUAAUGAACCUCCCCGCACCUGAGUUCCUUCCUCAGAACUGCUGUGAAAAUUGAAUCCCUACGUAUAUGUAAAGAAUGUGUUACAUGUGGCUAAUAAACAGCAGCUACUCAAGCCAGACUGCCUGGGUUCAAAUACUGGCUCUGUCAAUUGCUGGCCAUGUGGCCUUAGGAAUGAGUUACUUAGCCAACUUGUGCCUCAGUUUGCGUGACUGUAAGUGGGAGAUAAUUAGAGUACCCAGCCUACUUCUUGGGGUGGUUAUGAAAGUAUUUAAUGAAUUAUUUGAGCCAUUAAAACAAGUUUCUCCUAGAAAUGUGUUAAUAUUUUAAUUGUGAGCUGCUACUGUUAGUUGGGGAGUACCACUAAGUGAGGGAGGCUUCUGGGUCAGGACAUGGGGGACCCCAGCUGAGGUAG